AUGGUUAGAAAGAUAGGUCGUCGAGAACGAGAGAGAUCUCCAUCCUCUUCGUUAACUUCACCACCCGACGGAUACAUACACUCAGAAAUGACACGCAAGAUCGUCUCCUCACUCGAAGCACUCAACUCUCCUCCUCUGCCUGGCCUUGUCGUAUUCGACCUUGACUAUACUCUUUGGCCGCUAUGGGUAGACACGCACGUAGACUCGCCACUUCGUCGUCGGGGUCACGACAUCAACAAAGUAUACGAUCGCAACGGUCAACCAUUGCAAUUCUUCCCCCAUGUACCUUGCAUCUUGUUCUGGCUUAAGCGUCGAGGGAUCCCCAUCGCAGCAGCCUCACGCACAAGUGCACCCAGUGUAGCACGACAAGCGCUCAACGGGCUGUAUCUGGUCGAUGACUCGGAUUGCAUCCCGCAAGAAAAUGGAGCCAAACCAAAUGGAGAACGAAGUAAGCUGGUGAAGGCGAUAGACUUUUUCGACUAUCAAGAAAUUUAUCCUGGAAGCAAAAUCACACAUUUCCGAAAGCUGCACGAAGACUCAGGGGUUCCUUAUGAAGAUAUGGUCUUCUUCGAUGAUGAAUACAGGAAUGCUGAGGUGGGAACAAAGUUGGGUGUUCACUUUGUAGAGGUUGGUCAUUCGGGUACAGAUUUGGGAUUGGUUGAGAAGGCACUGCGAGAGUGGCGUGCAAAGAAGGCUGCAAGGGCAAAGGCAGAACUGUAG